AUCAUUCUCAUUUUAAAUCUCGCCCAGAAUGCGAGCUAAAAGAAAGUCCUGCUUCUAAGUCGAGAAUUUCAACACUAACUUUUUGUUCUAACUAAAACUCGUGACGCUUCGUCUAAAGUUUUUUUUAAGUUUUCCAUAAAUUUGUUUUGAAAGAAAAAGAAGAAAAGUUCUAUUCGAUAAUUUUAAUUAAAUUCAAUGAAAAAGUAUAAUAAAAAGUUAAAUUUUGUGGUGAUUUUUUACAAUAAUUGUAACCAAAGUAAUCCAAACCAAAGUUUUUGAUUUAAUUAUGAAAGUGAAACAUGACCAAAAAAUAAAUUUGUUAUUUUGUUUGAUUAAAUAAAAUCGAUAGAAAAUUCAUCAAAAGUAUUAACUAGUCACAGUGCAAAAUAACUCAUUCUGCGGAGUGAUUAAAAGAUAUUUUAUUUGAUAAAAAUCUUGAAAAGAACAUUCGAUUGAUAAAAAUCGGCAUUUCAAACAUUUUUCCGUCGCUUUGUCUCCACUUUAUAACCAAUCACAAGAAGAAUCAUUCAAAAACCCAGUUUCAAGUGCCUUUUAAAGAUAAAAAAACCGGGGCAAAGCGAAAAGUUCAAUUCUGUGAGCCACCAAAAAAUGGAAACAUCUUCAUUCGACGAUCAGAUUUUUAACGAUUUCACUGGUCCAUUAAGUCCGCUUGGUGCGAAACAAAUAACGCAAGGUGGUCACAGUAUACACGUGAUGCUCGGCAUGAAUUCGACUGGAUCACCGGACAUGUGCAAUCAGCGUUUGCCUGAGGUGCAAAGUCUGUUGCCCGGCUCACCAAAGCUAACGCAUUACAAAGCGCUCGAUUACAUGGGCAAUAAAAUCGAUUAUAACACGAAAUUGGCAUCGUAUUCGCCGACACCGCCGCCAAAAUAUGAGUAUGUCAAUGGGAAAAUGGAUCAAUACUCACCGAAUCACAUGCCAAAAAUCGAAUACAAGCCCAUGGAUUACAAUUUAAAUCCGAAAAUGGAAUAUGGCAACGCUAAACUGGAAUAUGAUCCACACAUGCAAAUGUAUCAGCAACAACCUGUUUCGGUGGUGCCGCCAACAUCAACGCAUCACAUUUCAACAUCGCAUUCACUGGAAUCGCCGUUGAUGAACGAUAAAAAGAAAGCCGACGGUCAAUGCGAUCAAUCGGACAAUCAAUCAGUUAGUCAAUCCGACGCAUCAAGCACAUCAAAGAAGAACGAUAAAAAGAAAGGCGAUAUCAAUGGUGUUAAGAAGAAAAAAACAAGAACAACGUUUACAGCCUUUCAGUUGGAAGAAUUGGAGCGUGCCUUUGAACGUGCACCAUAUCCUGAUGUAUUUGCCCGAGAAGAACUCGCUCUUAAGCUGCAUUUGAGCGAAUCUCGAGUUCAAGUUUGGUUUCAGAAUCGUCGUGCUAAAUGGCGUAAGCGUGAACCACCCCGCAAGUCAGGUUACAUAAAUACGAAUAGUCCAUCGACAGCGCUUGGUACACCGUUGGGACCGCCAUUUGCUCCAUUCCAGCAAAACACAGCGGUCAGCCCACCAGGCAGUGUCGAUAGUUGGACAAGUUAUCAAUCGCCAUACGAACUGAGUCCACAUUUCAGCCUAUUGUCACCAGCGGCCAGCCCAUACGGUUCAUUUUCGGGUCAAUAUGGUACAGCUUAUGUGCAUGAAAAUCAAUUGUAUCCCGUGCGCCAGCACUAUGAGUACGGAAGCCCACCGCGCGUUGCCAACGGUGAAAUCGAUGAUAAAACCGACCAUUACACAACCGCAAUGGAUGACAAAUAUGACAAUCCAUGCACCGAAACCGUUCCGAAUGGAAAAUACAUGGACGAAAUAAAGUACAGCAAUAUGCAUAACGUCGAACCGAAGUACACAAAUUGUCACAUCGAUGAUCAUUCGAUAAAAACGUUGCCGCCGCCAUCGUCAACACAGCAGUAUGCAACAACAACAACGACCAAUUUAACCACAGUUGGUGGUUGUCAUACGGACGAUGUCACUGAUAAUAUGACUAUUAAAUCUGAAGAUGCCAACGUUACGCACAGCUAUGUUUUGCCUCCUUUUUUACAUUGAAACGGACCGAACUAUGAGCAUCGCAUUAUCAAUGUUUUUAGCUACGAUGUAAAUAUGAUGUAUAUUAGGUAUGUGUGUGUGUGUGUGUGUGUGUGUGUGAGUGUGAAGAAUCCAAAUGGGCAUUAAACUGCUGCGAACAACACACGCAUUCCAUACCUAUUAUUUUCGCGCUCCAAUAAACAACUGAGAGCCCUGCUGUCAAUGGACGAUGAGCUAUUGAUUUUUAUUGAAUGCCAACGAAAAAUGCCUUCAGUUUAUUUUAUUUUAUUUUAUUUUAUUGAAAAUCAUUACUUUUAUUUUUGCUUUCAUUCAGUUUUAUUUAAAGUUUCUUUUUCUUGCCUUUUCUGCGUGUCCGUUUAUAUAGUGUUUGUGCGUUUUUGUUGUAGAUUUUUAACGAGAAAAGUUUCAUUUAAAAAAAAAUGUCUUAUUUUUCGUCAGAUAAUGCAAUUUGAUAAGGAUGACAGUCGGCAUAAGCUGAGUCAUUCGAGAUGUUGCAGAAAUAAUGGAUUACGGGUGAAAUUCGAAUCGUGAAUAAGUUCACACAAUCGAGUUCAAGGAACUCCAAAGAGAUUUACAGUAAUUUUACAAUUAGUAUACAUUUUUUUCAUUCGGUUCUUGAGACAAGUCUUCGUUAUCAAAUAGCACCGAUUUGAGUUUUUAUUCAGUGAACUAUCGAAUUCAAUUUAGAAAUUAGAUUUAAUUUAAUUUAAUGUUGUUUGUCCGCAACAAAAUCCAAAGACGUCUUGCCAAAACAGUAUUCCAUAUAUUUAAGCCUUGAGUGUUGAUUUAAAUCGGUCAUCACAUUCUUUUUUAGCCUUAAGUGUAUAACUCUAAUCAAUGUGCAUUCCAAAUGUGCCUUCAUUAUUUCGACUAGUUCCGAAUAAUUUACAUUCUAAAUUUUAAUUAUAAAAUUACUAUAUUUGUUAAGGCAUCCAAAGAACAAUUUCAAACCAAAAUUAUUCCAAGAGCCAAAAUAAUAUCGUAGAAAUAAGAGGAACAUGAAACGAACGCUAAAUUUUAAGUUUUGUACAUUUGAAAAGCAUGAGCUGCUUUUAGUUGUUUUUGAGAGCAUUUGGUGCAAUUUUUUUUCUGAUUUCUCAAGCAAAAUGAUCAACAAACUCAUGUAAAUAGAUCGAUGGAGUAAAUUGUUUUUCUCAUUUAUGUUUAACACUAUUUUAUGCCAAAUACGUAUAGUGACUAAAUAUACUCAAUUAUUUUUUUGUUUCUUCUCUUGUAUUUUAUGACCAACAA